CGUUUUGGGUACUCAAGUUUCAUCUUGGACUUCGGGCGCUCAUCUACUGACAAUCUUGCUUUCGGAUCUGGGCUCUCUUAUUUCUGCAGAGCUUGCAGAAGUGAAUAUUGUCUUUUGGUAGCUUUUAGGAUGUUCGUAUCUGUUGGAUUUGGAAACCAAAUCUUAGUUGCUGAAGAAUAUGUACCCCAUGUUUGUAUCCUCUGCUUCUUGUUCCCGAGCUCGAGCAGCCUAGCUCCGUGCUCCCCUCUGUUUUCUUCCCUGAAUCUGGGUGGUUUCCUUUUUCUCCUUUCUUUAGAUUUUGUGGUUGGGACUUGGGAGGCUACUCCGAGGAAUUCAACUGUUUUGUUCUUCGGUGCUUUCGGAAAGUAGUUUUGCGUAUGCUCCUGGUUUUGUGCCUUGGGUGCUUACUGUUAUGAUGAAAAUAAGAGCGGAUGAUGUCUUUCUUUGCUGAAACUGCAUUAGAAUGAGAGGACUUUCGAGUGCACUGCUCAAUUCUAAUGAGCACAGGCAUCGACAAUCAGGAUCACUUGGGUCUGGUGAAGAGACAAACAAGAGAAGGUUGCAGAGGACUAAGGAUGUCAAAGAUGUUGACAAGUCUGGACAUGGUCCUGUACAAGACAGGAGUUCAAUCUGCAAGUUUCUUUCUCUGAAGAUUGUCCUUGUCUGUAUCAUAUUGUGUACUUGUAUAACAGUGUUCUUCUGUCCAGCUGUAAUUUAUUAUGACAACCCCACAGGAUCCAGCUCCCGAUUUGUGGAUGUUGGGUGGCUGUGGGAGAGGACAGGCACAAAUGCAAAAUACGUAUCAGAUUUAAAUAUUGACUGGAUUCAGGUUUCAACUGUUUUGGAAAAAACUAUCAGGUUAGGAGGACAUCAGACAGUUGGGUUGCUAAGUUUUAAUAGCAGUGAAGUCCAUGAAUGGCGAAAGAUCUUACCAGGUGUAAACUCUGUGAGUCUAUCUCUAGAACAUGUAAGAUCUGGUGUUACAUGGGAGACACUGUAUCCUGAAUGGAUUGAUGAAGAAGAAGAAUCAGAAGUCCCAAGUUGUCCAUCAAUGCCUAUGCCUGAGGUUCAGACAAGGUUACGUUUCAGUCUUAUCGCUGUAAAGCUUCCUUGCCAGAAAACAGCAAAAAACUGGUCCAGAGAUGUGGCGCGGUUGCAUCUGCAGCUUGCUGCUGCAAAACUUGCUGCUUCUUCAGCGGGAAACUCAAUUCAUGUGUUAUUCAUGACAGACUGUUGGCCUCUCCCAAACCUCUUUACAUGCAAAGAACUCAUCACUCAUGACGGUAAUAUGUGGAUAUACAAACCUGACUUGAAGAUCCUACAGAAAAAGCUCCGGCUACCAGUCGGGUCUUGUGAACUUUCUGUCCCACUUAAAUCCCAAGAGAGAUUUUACCAUGGUAACAAGCGGCGGGAAGCAUAUGCAACAAUUCUUCAUUCUGCUCAUAUAUAUGUCUGUGGGGCAAUUGCUGCUGCUCAGAGCAUACGAUUUUCUGGCUCCACAAGGGAUCUUGUAAUACUUGUUGACGAAACCAUCAGUGAACAUCACAAAAGUGGUCUGGAAGCUGCUGGGUGGCAAAUCAGAACAAUCCAGAGGAUCAGAAAUCCGAAAGCAGAGCAGGAUGCUUACAAUGAGUGGAACUAUAGCAAGUUUCGUCUAUGGCAGUUGACCGACUAUGACAAGAUAAUUUUUAUUGAUGCCGACCUCCUGAUCCUAAGAAACAUUGAUUUCCUUUUUGAAAUGCCUGAGAUAACAGCUAUCGGCAACAAUGCUACGCUUUUCAACUCCGGGGUAAUGGUGAUUGAGCCUUCAAACUGCACUUUCCAACUGCUGAUGGAUCAUAUCAACGAUAUAGAGUCCUACAAUGGUGGUGAUCAAGGUUAUCUUAAUGAAAUAUUUACAUGGUGGCAUCGGAUGCCAAAGCAUAUGAAUUUUCUUAAGCAUUUUUGGUCAGGUGAUCCGGAUGAAAAAGAAUUGAAGACCCGUCUUUUUGCAGCUGACCCCCCUGUUCUUUAUGUCCUCCAUUACUUGGGCUUGAAGCCUUGGUUGUGCUUCCGGGACUAUGAUUGCAAUUGGAACAAUGACAUUUUGCACGAAUUUGCAAGUGAUGUGGCACAUGAGAGAUGGUGGAAAGUUCAUGACCUCAUGCCUGAGAAUUUGCAGAAAUUUUGUUUGCUUCGAUCAAAGCAGAAGGCAUCACUUGAGUGGGAUCGAAGGCAGGCAGAGAAAGCAAACUAUGCAAAUGGCCACUGGAAGAGGAACAUCACCGACCCGCGGCUAAAAACUUGUUUUGAGGCAUUCUGCUUCUGGGAGAGUAUGCUGUGGCAUUGGGGUGAAACCAAUUGGACAGACAAUGCGACUGCAACUGCUACUCCUGCUAUACCUACUGCUUCACUUUCUAGCUUAUAAUCUUCAUUUCCUUUCUUGAUGUGUUGUUUUACCAAUUUUUUGCUGUUGUCUGCCAAAUGCAUUAUGGGAUUUAAUAAUAUUAGAGCUAAAAUUAAGUAGGGUAAUGGUGGUCAUCCAUGGUUGGGUCCAUACGAGAUUGAGAUCAAAGUUUUGUAUUGUAUGUAGUUUCUGCGGACAGCUUAAAUCCUAUUGAAAAUAGAACAAGGAGAAUCUUCAAUCAUGAGAAUUAGAUGUUCUUGGUGGGGUUCA